AUGGGUUCUAUUGAGGAUUUUACUAGUUCAACCGCCGGGACCACCCCAACCAUUCCUCCUUUAUCUGACGUGGCUGUGAAUGACCCAAUAUUCUCCGACGAGGUCAUACGUUAUCAUCUGGGCCUCCUUAAGUCCAGUCAUGGAGGCGAGGUGGUCUCAGACGAAUCGGCGUAUGCACCGAUCAUCUCAAGCAGUGUUUUAGCUUGUCAUGCAAACCUUGGAAAUGGGCAAGAUAACCCUAAGAUCCCACAGUUUGGGUUAUUAGCCGGGUCAAGCCCACUUCUGAAAGGUAUUCGCCCAAAGCGUGCCUCUCCUCUCGCGAGCUUGGAUGAGGAUCCUCGACUACUAUUCAAUGUUUCCCAUCCUUCUAGCAUCUUUAUAUGUGGCUCCCAGGGUUCUGGGAAGAGUCACACAUUGUCAUGCCUUUUGGAAAAUUGCCUGAUAUCAUCAAAGGCCGGAAGGUUACCCAAGCCGCUAACAGGGCUGGUCUUUCAUUAUGAUACGUUUAUCAGUGACACAGUGGGAUCCCCCUGCGAGGCGGCCUUCUUGUCAUCGCACCCAGAUGUGCAAGUCCGAGUACUUUGCUCCCCCACUAACAUUCACUCUAUAAGGGAUUACUAUUCAAGGUUUAAUAUACCAGUUGAUCCAUUACAGCUUGAUCAGAACCAUUUGAAUACAAAACGAAUGAUGGAUUUGAUGGCCAUUGGACAAAAGGAUGGGCAGAUACCACUGUAUAUACACACGGUGAAACGAAUCCUUCGUGAACUACGUAUCGUACAACAGGAGGCAGGGACACCAUUCAAUUAUCAAGAGUUCAAGCAAAGAGUCCUAAGCUCUAAGUUGACUCGUGAUCAGUUGGGGCCUUUAAAGCAACGGCUCGAUACCCUAGAGAGUUUUAUGCCUCGAGAGCAAGUGAACAUAUCGACGUCAAAUCAAACAAACGUUGCAAAGGGCUCCAUGUGGGACCCAGUGCCUGGCCGUUUAACUAUUGUUGAUAUGUCCUGUCCAUGUAUAUCCCCAGAGACGGCAUGCUCGCUGUUCAAUAUUUGCCUGGGCAUCUUCCUCGAACAAGACCCAACUAUUGGUCGGGUGGUUGCACUUGACGAAGCACACAAGUACAUGAACUCCUCUGCAGAGGCCGGGAUUUUCACAGAAACACUAUUAUCAGCGGUUCGUCUUCAACGGCACCUUGGGGCUCGAGUUAUCAUCUCUACCCAAGAGCCGACUGUCUCGACCGCGUUGUUGAAUUUGUGCUCUGUUACAAUUGUUCAUCGGUUUACCUCCCCAGAAUGGCUCCGAACGUUGCAAAAGCACCUUGCAGCAGCAGCAAUCAACCUUUUCUCUCGAAAGAGUGGCUCCGGCAACCAUGAUAGUGAGACGGAAGAAUCGGGGGCCGAGAAGGAGUCUCCCUCAGCAUUUGACAUUAUUGUCCGUCUUCGUGUUGGCGAAGCAUUGCUGUUUGCGCCGAGCGCAAUUGUCAAGGUCGGAACACUGGAGGAUGGCCGCGUGGAGUUCCACCGACUUGGCUCCGAUAUCUUGCCUAUAAAAAUCCGGGAACGAUUAACAUCUGAUGGUGGAAAGAGUGUCCUUUCGGUUUGA